AUGUCAUCGCAUCCCGCACACAAUGAGCUGCAGCCAACGGGGACGACCUUACCGUUGGAGCUGGAGUUGGAAGAGGACAUUGAAAAAGAACUCCACCACUUUGUUCACCUCAGUCGCAUGGGCCACUACACAGAGGCUCAUAAAUUGUUUGACAACACUCAUGGAAAAAUGACUAUCUUUUCCCCUGUCAUCGCGGAGUAUGUGGAUAUGCUACUGGAGCAAGGUAACUACGGACGAGCCGCGGAAGUUUUGGAGGAGCAUAUGCGGUUAAAAGCGGAAAUCUUGGGUCCCGACGAAAUGCAGCUUCUGAGAAUAAUGAAGUCAUUGGCAGACAUCUACUCAAAAGGCGCGAUCCAUAUAUACGAGAUUUACAUCAAUAUACUACGAAACCAGGUUCUGACUCGCCUUUAUAUCCUUUUAAGUAUUGAGGAGGCUGCUAUGGAUUGGCGUGACCUUUACAGCGUUCUAGAGCUGCAGGCAGUCGACUGUGGCAACGUCGUAGAAUAUGUGCACAUUUGGGACCUGUUCACAGCCUGGAAUUUAAACCCUAAAAGAGUGUUCCCACACCCCCAGCCAAACUUUCCUUUAGGGUCUGACAGGCAUACACUAUUAUUGUCUCAACACAUUUCCCAAUCAUCCUCAGAUCCAAAUUGGAGAAAUCUGCUUGAAGCAAGCAAGGAAUCCCUUUUCGCAGCCGUUUAUUCUCCUUGGACCAAGUUCCAAUGA